UGGAUGGACUCCACUGUUUGGGCUGUGAUUGGAUCGCUGCGUUACCCCAGCCUGAAAAACGGUGUGGCACAGGGGUGUGCAGAAACCAAAGACGCGGUAUUAUAUCUGGGAUUCUCGGCCUCGUAUUAAAUCUAGAGUUUAUGUGAUGAAGAUGGAGAUUAGGCCUCUGUUGAUGUGCUUUGCUCUGUGCGUGGUAUACGCCACCAGCAAACCCACAGAGAAGAAGGAGCGUGUCUUCCAUGAUGCACCACUGAGCAGCAAGGAGCAUGACGACGGCACAAACUUUGACUAUGACCAUGAUGCCUUCCUUGGGGAAGAGGAAGCCAAGACGUUUGAUGACCUGACCCCAGAGGAAAGCAAGAAUAGGCUUGGUAAAAUUGUGGAUAAGAUCGAUGCAGACGAGGAUGGCUUCGUCACAGAGGCAGAGCUGAAAGCAUGGAUCAAAAAGGCUCAGAAGAAGUACAUCUAUGACAAUGUGGAAAGACAGUGGAAGGAUUUUGACAUGAAUAAUGAUGGCAUGAUCUCCUGGGACGAAUACAAGAAUGUCACUUAUGGCACCUACCUUGAUGAUCUUGAGUCUGAUGAUGGCUACAACUACAAGCAGAUGAUGGCUAGAGAUGAACGGCGCUUCAAACUGGCUGAUGGAAAUGGAGAUCACAUCGCUGACAAAGAGGAGUUCACUGCUUUCCUCCAUCCUGAGGAGUAUGAGCAUAUGAAGGACAUUGUUGUGUUGGAAACUAUGGAGGACAUUGAUAAGAAUGGUGAUGGUUUUAUUGGCCUGGAUGAGUAUAUUGGCGACAUGUACAACCACGAGGAUGAAAUGGACGAGCCAGAAUGGGUGGCAACCGAGCGAGAGCAGUUUUCAGAGUUUAGAGACAAGAACAAGGAUGGGAAGAUGGACAAAGAGGAGACCAUGGACUGGAUCCUGCCGGCCGACUACGACCACGCAGAAGCCGAAGCGAAGCAUGUGAAGAGGUUUAUUCAGAGCUAG